UAUAGCUCGAGUACAGUGGCCAACAAGUAGUACACAUCUGGAUAUACAGUGUCCCAGGCCGGGUUCAGUAGCAGGUAGCUACACUAGUGAUCGAGCUGAACAACCAGCCGGCCGUCGAGCAAGUUACGAAACAUGGCAGGCACCGGCGCGAGGGGAAUUCUUCUCUGCGUCCUGCUGCUGCUGCUCGCCGCCGUCGCGCAGCACGCCCGGUCGGCCCGGCCGCUGCUGCAGCAGGAUGAGGCGGCGACGGCUGCGGAGGGCCUCCUCCCGCGCCCGGCGGCCGUGGUUCACGUGGGUGCCCUCGGCGGCGGGGCGGCCGGGGAGGGAGGUGGUGACGCCGCCGCCGGGAUCGCCGUGCCGUACGAGAACAAGCGGCUGAGCCCGGGAGGGCCGGACCCCCAGCAUCACUAAUGGCCAGGCACAGGCACGCCCAAGCCCAGGAAGCCUGCAUCUCCGUCGUCUUGUGCUUGAGCUGCUGGCAUUGCUUCCAGCAGUCUUUACAGAAGCCACUAAUUGAGUUUAGACACCUGGAUAAUCAGAUGCAGCCUAGCUAGCGUCUACAAUUUUCUUUUCACAAUAAUAAUGAGAAAGAAGCCAAUGUUAUAUACACCGGCUUCUACGAUUGGAGAUGUAUAUGCUGUUUUGGAUA